UCUUGGCGGUUCAAGAUGGCGGCGGCAGCGGGCGGCGAGGGCCCGGCGCGGGUGGAGGGCGAGGGGGCCCCUGGUGGCUUCUCUUCCCUGCCAGCCCAGGAGGAAGAGCCGGGCCGCGGGCAGCUCUUCAACACCGUGGUGGACGCUUUCCUGGAGAAACUAGUGGCCGCUGGCAGUUACCAGAGGUUUGCAAACUGCUAUCAUCGCUUCUAUAAACUCCAGCCUGAAAUGACCAGAAGUAUUUAUGAUCAGUUUAUAUCCCAACUGCAAACUUCCAUUCAGGAGGAGAUUCAUGAGAUAAAGAAGGAAGGGAAUCUUGAGGAGCUCUUUGCCUCGAUGGAUAGAAUUGUGGAGGAAGCAAAGAAUCGGGAGGAGCCCGCGUGGCGUCCCAGUGGGAUCCCAGAAGAAGAUAUUCAUAGCGCCAUGGUGCCGUACCUCCUGAAGCACCAGACAUACCUGCGUAGAGCCCUGAAAGAAAAGGAAGAGGAGAACAGGAAGCUGGCAGAGUCGGUCUUGGCUGGACGGGAGAGAAUCUCAGAAAUGCAGCAGCAGAUACAAAAUCGCAAGCAAGCAUGGCAGGCAAUUAGUAAAGAACAGAGAGAACUAAUCAUGAUGUUCCAGGAGCCUGAAUGAAGAGGCAGGGGAAGAUUUUGCAGGAGUUUCAUGUAUGGGGUUUAUGUUCAUCGGUGAAGCCCUGCAGAUCUUUUCGGAAGUGGGAUUCUCUGUGCAUUUACCAUUCAAUAUCCACUCAAAUUGUGCUGAAAACUUGACUUGUCAAGAGCUUUUGUGUUCAUUUGUCAGACAAAAAGGAGGGAACUGUUUACACCACCUUGUGAAAAUCGGGCUUUCUGAAACAGUCAUGAGACAGAACUGAUCAAAAUGCAUUGAAAUGAGUGACUGCACCAGGGUUUUAGGAGAAUCACCAGUAACCCCCGAUUCCCAACUAAGCCCAGCAGGAAGGAAAAUCCCACACAGGUUUUGAAAGCUGUAGCAGCUCAGUGCAUUCAUGCUGCGUUCUUUUAAAAGCUUUACCAAACAGAGAACUCUCUUUUUCCAAAUGGAAAUGAAUGUUAUACUGAUCACUCUUAUAACCACUCAUGGGAUGUCAGGAGUAUAAUGGAGCCAAUCAUAGCUGCCUUAUGCAGCAAGUAACACACAGCUACAUUUGAAAGAAAAAAACAAAUACCAAAACUUCAGCUCAUGGGGUUUCUGUCAGUGGAACAGUCUGUAGCUGUCAAGGCAAGUGACCAUCUCAAGCAGUGAGAGAGAUGUUACACCUCCAUAGUCUAUGAAUAACUUGUACAUAGUUACUUAGAAUGGUGUUUUGACAUAAUAAAACUUGGUUUUAUAAUCUUAACACCUACUACUUUUUUUUUCCCCCAAGUGCCUUCGAGCAAGAAAAAUAAACAUGUACUUAGUAGUAUCUGCUCUAACCCA